AUGGCUUCCACGCGAGAGGAGCGGCUGAAAAUGCGCCAGCGCGGAGCUGGGACACACAAGACGAAGGCAAUUGAUUUCGGGUUUUCUUUUGGAGGCGCUGCAACUGGGCGAUCAGAUUCUGCUGCGCUAUCUCUUUUCCCUGAGCCGAUACAACCAUCGCAAACCGAGACUGCGCCGCUCGCGACAACAACACCACCAGGAUCGCAAACGGAUGGCAGGAUACGGCGCACACCAGGAAGCGCGCGAAACGCACAACCAGAGCGCCCUUCACCAUACGAUAUACCCGCUGACGAGGAGUCUGCGCAGCAGCGCAGCAACAAAAGGAGGAAGAUCAGCCAGCCAAGUCAGGAGUCUACUACCCUCUCGCGUCCUCCAAUAGCUGCAUCCGGGAAUUUGCUGUCAAAAGCAGCGCAGAAUGGCGAUAAAGAGGCACCCUCACGCAUGAGCGUGGAUGCUCUUUCAAUGGAAACCCUCAUACCGGCGACUCUACCAGAAACGAAUCCUCAGCCAGGCGUCUCGACCGACGACCAGAAACAGACAGAGGGUGACAAAGGCACGAAUGGAACGGGGAGUGGCCCGGCAAAUAUUUUGGAACCUGCACAGAAUGACGCUACAACCCCUGGCCGAUCUGGAUCGUCCAAGGUGCCACUGCGUGAGAAACGGCGAAAGAGUCGAUCACCACGGCACGACGAAGUUUCGGCGAAAGAGGAACAAGCACGGUUGGCCAAGAGACCACCAAGGAAGUCUAGUUCACCAGCUGCCCGAAGCGACAACCAGUCGAGUUCAGAUGCGACCGAAACUAGUCAAUCCUCGGCAGCCGAUGCGACCGCGAAUGCAGAACAACAAAAAUUAGAAACCACCCGCCCGAUCACUGCGGAUUUGGAGAGUGGUAACCAAACAGUCCAAAGGCCAUCAUCUCGAGAUAAGGCCCAAGCGAAGUCUAAGCCCAACCGGACUCGCAAUGCCAAGGGCAAGAGCUCACAGCCCGCGGACGAUGCGACUACACAAACGACAGGUCAAGACCUUGAGGCCGAGACGCGGAACGAGCUAGUGGAUGCUACUUCUCAAGCAUCUUCGAAGACUAAACGCACCCGUAGGAGACCUUCUCCUGCCCAGGCGACGACAGAGACAAACGCAGGAGAGGCGAAUCCUGAAGUUGAAGUGCCAAAUGUUCCGGAAACCAGCGAGACUGAGGCAGGACCCAAAACCAGACGACUCCGACAAAAACCAUCACCCAUUGGGAAGACGGCUAAAGCGACGGAAGUUCAAGAUCGUUCAGGGAGUCCGACUGGAUCUACGACGUCUGUAAGCAGGACAUCCAAUGCAGCCACACGCCACGGCCGCAAAGGACCCAAGAAAAGAGGCACGCGAUCACAAUCGGCAUCGGUUGAGCCUGAGCAUGAUGCUAGCCAAGAACCAGUGCCAACACCACCGGCAGAUGUACAUACCGAGACGGAAGCUGGUCCUCCAAAAUCUCGGCGUGGUCGGUCAAACAAGAGAAAGGGCAAGCAAGCUGCAGAACCCGAGGGAACACCUACAGAAGAGCAACCUGACACUGAGGCAGCACAAGAGCCACGGCGGAAGACAAGACAACCUCGAGGCGAAACCGUUCCCGUCACCGUUCAUCGUCUUGCUAAUGCUUCUGCUCUGGAUGCGAUGUAUGCUUCUGCCGAGGGCUCUGGCGGCGAAGACGAGGAGUCCCCCGAUGGGCUCGUAUCUCGCCUGAAUACCAAAUUGCCUACACGCGGUGGCGUCAACCCGGCGGAUGUACUGGGCCAGAUUUGUCGAGAGACGUUAGAGAAGACUCUUGACAAACUCAAGACCGGAAUCGAGAACGAGACUAAUGCUCAGAAACGUGCCGAGUGGUCCCGGAAGCGCAAGGCCGUGGAGGCAUUUGGAUUGGAAUUGGACAGUCGUCUCUUGGAUCUGAGCGAGAUCCUCGACAGCAACUUUGUGCUGGGGAUGCAGCUCCGAAAGGCGAAGCGUGAUAUGAUGGAUCUGCGGACUCAUCUGUACAAGGUACGGAAAGAGCGAGAGAGUAUAGCUAUACAAAUGGAUGCGGUGCGCGCCAAGCAUAUGGAGGAGGAGAGUGCAAAGACGGCGCGCAAUACCAUUAACAACUCGCUGCAUAGCCUCGAAAUGGCACUCGAUCGCAGCCAGCACCGUGGUGAACCUAGCACCGAGGUCUCUCCUGGAGACCUUGAAUUCAUGCUUCGCACUGUGGCUGAUGAUGUGAGCUGUCGGGCCCCUGGUUCACAGGGAGGACUGUUGAACCAGAUCCGGGCCUUUAAUCAGCAACUUGAAGCGACGGCGCGGCGCCUGGAGCGAUCGUGA